AUGACCGCGAUGUCAAAAUAUCACAUGACAUCAUUUUGGAACCGAGGCUUCGAGAAACUACUAACGAACGGUCUGCGCAAGUUCCUGGCUCCGUGUUGUAAGGCCUGUCUCCAUCCAAUUUCGGCGGACGGCCCUGCACUUUUACUUUUGCGGCAUACCAAAGCGGAUCCGCAGCAGCGCUGCAGCUCGAGAGAAGAGGCCACUUUGAAAGCCACAUUAUCUGGUUUAGAGGACAAUUCAUCCCUACCGACAGCACAUGCAACCUUGCUUUGGGCGCCUGAAAGCGGGACACUGGAAACCGAUGCCUGUCAAGAGUUGGAGCUUUACCAUCCAACAUGUUUGAAAUGUGUGCAAUGUGGUGAAAAGUUGACCCAAGUGGAUAGACGAUGUUGGAAAAAUAAAAACAGUGCAGUGAUCUGUCAGAAAUGUCGGGAACGUCUCACUCAUUGCGCUCGUUGUCGACUCAAAGUGGCGCGCGAUGCAUGGGUGCACAAACUUGACAAGAUACCAUUUCAUGUUGCUUGUCUUGCGUGCGACAAAUGCGGACACCAGCUAAGUCCGGGUGAGAAGUGCGGUGUCCGGGAUGACCGGAUAUACUGUAUGGAGCAUUAUUUAAUGCAAUUCAAUGGAUCUGAUGUAAAACGCGAAGCAGUGGAGAAACCGAUCGACUCAUCAUGGUUAGGUUCCUGGAGAGGGUCGUACGUAACCUCUGAUUCUACAGGACCAACACUGAGUGAGGAUACUGAAAUUGGAGUUAUUCGAUCACAACAUCACGACAGCCGGGGUUACACUAAUUCACCUGACGAAACAGAACAGACAGAAGACGAUCGGAAACAUAACAAAUUCCUUGAUACGCAAGUAAGCGAUAUCACAGUCCAGUUCCGGUCUACUAAUCAUGAGGAACACACGGAAGACCCCGGACUGCCUUCAACAAACUACUCACGAGUUUCUUCUCUUCCAACAACAAUCGCAGUCGCAUCCAAGUCAGAUGAUUUGACACGUGAGUCGUGGUACGCAACGGACGAUUCAGUGGUAACCAGUGAAGACCCGUUCGCUCUACCUACUUCAUCGAUUGUGAUCGGCCAACCAAUUGACUGCUCAUCUUUGACGGCAGAACAGGGUAUUCUGUCAGCAGAAAGCAGAAGCAGUAGCGCCAGUAGUGCACACUCGAAAUCGAAACGCAUACGGACCAGCUUCACUCCUGACCAACUAACAAUACUACAGGCAAAUUUUGAUAUUGAAGCCAACCCAGAUGGUCAAGAGUUGGAGCGGAUCGCUAACAUGGCGAGGUUGAACAAGCGGGUUACGCAGGUUUGGUUUCAAAAUGCCCGUGCGCGCAAAAAGAAAAUUGAAUGCAAAGGUUUCCCUGGUUCGGGUUCAUUGAAUUCCGUUCACUGCGAUUCGUAUUGUCUGCAUGAUGGUGGCAGCACAAAUACAGAGGAAUUCUAUGAAGACUGUGAUGAAGCCACGAGUGGCGCAUAUGACCUACUGCCCAUGUAUGAACAGUUUAACGGAUUCUGCUUCGAAUCCACUCUGUCUUUCAAGCCAGCAGAGCAUUUGGGGCUGUCCCCUCAGUUUCCGUUCACCCGGCCUAGAUCCCCUUUUGGUCCCUUAGGGCUACCACAAUUAACUCACAACUCUGCCCUCCCCCGGACCGGACAACGGGGCAUAUGCUGUGCAGACGGUAUACCACAUAGGGUACAUAGUCCAUUGAAUCACAUAAUAAUCGCGAACACGAAAGUGCCAGAUAGCAAAUCGAUAGACUGA